AUGGUCAAGGACCUGCAGCAACGACUAGGGGAGAAGCUAUUUAAAUCCUUUAUGAACAUCAUUGCCGGGCUGACCAGGGAAAACGGACCCCACGGCUUUCAGAGCGAGCAGAAGCACAACUUCCUCCAGUCCACCAGCAGCAGCAACAACAGCAGCACCGCCGCCGAAGCAUCUUUGAAGAUUCUCAAGUCGGAACAGCACCGUAAUCGCCACCAUCAUUUCCAUCCGCUACCGAUACAACCCACCACGCCUUCGAUGGAGGCCUAG